UUGCUUGGAAACUUUGCUUUAGUGUUGCGCCGGCCGUCGAGUGGAGAGUACGCGUCGCCCGCAACUAACUACGACCACGAACUCGUUAAAGUCGAAACGAUCAUGAGGACGAAUUAUAUAAUUUAUUUGAAUAAAUAGUGUUUUUUGGUUUUAUAUCUGUUGAAGUAUCUUGUGUAGUGCUGUGACUUUUUUUUUACGAUGGCGAUAUUUUUGUGCGUUUUUCUGUGCGCCUGGGCGGGCGCCCUAGGGUUUAAUGUGGACAUCCCCUCGAGGGUGGUUUAUACGGGAAAUUACAAGUCAAUGUUUGGAUUUACCGUGCAGUCGCAUGUGGAUGGCGAUCGGAAAAUGAUAUUAGUGGGAGCACCAGAAGAUGAUCCUUACAAAGAGUACACGGUGAAGCGACCGGGCGCAGUGUACCGUUGCCAGCCCGGUCGCCGAGGUUACCCCUCAGAAGACAUCGUCAACCCACUCCAGAUGUGCUCUAUCAUGGAGUUUGAUAAGAACAGAAAUAACAAUUUGGACACUGCGCAUCGGCAAAUCGACCAGAAGUCCAACCAGUGGUUUGGAGCCACUCUGACCAGCACUGGCAGAAAUGGACCGAUUGUGGCGUGUGCUCCGCGAUACGUGUCGUUCGUCACGGCGAAGCUCAACCAGCGCGACCCGGUGGGAGCGUGCUUCGUCGCCAAGACACCCGACGCGUUGGACGUCACCGAAUUCUCGCCGUGCCGAAAUUUGUUCAACUCGGUGGACGAAGCGAGCCACGGGCAGCGGAAGACGGGCGUGUGUCAAGCCGGUUUUUCCGCGGCGGUUUCAAAGGAUGGACAAAGGCUUUUCAUGGGAGCACCUGGCAGUUUCUAUUGGCAAGGACGAACAUUUUCCAUAGACACUAGCGCAAGGUUCAACUACUAUAUGCCGAAGGAAGGUCAGUUAAAAGUGCAGACAUUGAAUUCGAGGCCAGUAUUGCUUUCGACACCGGAAGCCAGUCCUAAGUACGAUGAUUCGUAUAUGGGAUAUUCGGUAACAGUAGGAGACUUUGCUGGCCAAGGAAUCCAAGGUGUAGCUGUUGGCGUUCCUAGGGGAGCAGAAUUGAGAGGAUUGGUGGUUCUUUACACUUGGGAGCUGCAAAACAUUAAAAAUAUCAGUGGUUCGCAAAUCGGCGCCUAUUUUGGCUACAGUCUCGCGAGUGGCGACAUCGACGGUGAUGGUGCGGAGGAUCUUAUUGUUGGUGCUCCCAUGUUCACGAAGCCGAAGAGCGAUGGAUAUGAACAUGGAAGGAUAUACGUCAUUUACCAGGGCAAGGACAGGUUGUUCACAAAGAACCAUGCAAGAACCGGUGAAGUAUCACGGGGCAGAUUUGGUCUUGCAAUCACCUCUCUUGGAGACAUCAACUAUGAUGGAUUUGGAGAUGUAGCAGUAGGUGCCCCUUACGGUGGCGAAAACGGCAAGGGAGUGGUAUACAUCUAUCAUGGAAGCGAGCUCGGCAUCGGCGAAAAGUACUCUCAAGCCAUCACUGCUGAGGAGAUCAGCCCCAUCCUCACCACUUUCGGCUUCUCCCUCUCGGGUGGAGUUGACUUGGAUAAUAACAACUAUACUGAUUUAGCUGUUGGAGCAUAUAAGUCUGACAGUGUUGUGUUUUUGAAAUCUCGCCCCGUAGUCAAAGUGAUGGCAGACGUCCAGUUCAUGGGGGAAAGCAAGUUGAUUUCCAUGGAUGACAAGAAAUGCUCUCUCUCCAACGGCACGCAAGUUGCGUGCGCGCAUCUCAUGUUCUGUCUUACCUAUGAUGGUGUCAAUGUGGACCAGCAGAUAAAUUUCGAAGUAACGUUGGACCUAGACUCACGGCAGAAGACCAGCAAACGACUGUUUCUAAUGGAGAGCAGACAGACGAUAUACACAACGCACAUUUUGCUUACUCAAGGACUGCAGGAGUGCAAGAAUAUCACGGUGUACCUUGACGAUGAGAUCCGCGACAAGCUGACUCCCAUAGAGGUGAAGAUGACGUAUGAGCUGACGCAGCAAGCGGCCGGCAGCGCGGUGCCGCCCGUGCUGGACCGCACGCGCAGCAUCGAGCGCACCGACUCGCUCAACAUACAGAAGAACUGCGGACUCGACAACGUGUGCAUACCCGACCUACAGAUGUUUGUUACCACACCUACAGUCAAUUACGUGCUAGGAUCAAGUGAGAAUGUCCACAUUGAUGUGGUAGCCAAGAACGCCGGUGAGGAUGCCUUCGAAGCAGCCUAUUACCUUCAAAUUCCCGCGGGAGUCACUUACGCCAAGAUGGACCGAUUGGACAAAGAUAACGCUGAUUCUUCACCGAUAUACUGCUCCAUUAAGAACAAGGGUGCUGAGGGAAAUAGCACAUUGAAAUGUGAUUUAGGAAACCCUAUGGCUAGCGGGCAAAGUGUGAACUUCCGCGUGAUAUUGGAAGUAGAUGCCCGUGUAAGAACUCUCAACUUCGACAUGGAGGUGAACUCCACCAACCCGGAGCAAGGCACGCAAUACGACAACACCAGACACAUGGCUAUUGGCGUCGUGGUCAAGGCUGUCUUGUCCAUCAUUGGAGCAUCAGAUCCACCAGAAUUGCACUACAAUGCUUCACUGUACGACGCGCAAAAGUUGAAAGAUGACACAAAGCUGGGCCCUCAAGUCAUUCACAAGUACAACAUCAAGAACGAAGGACCUUUUACUGUUGAGGAAGCUGAGAUUUAUGUGAUGUGGCCUUAUCAGACUCUAACAGGUGAGAAUCUGAUGUACAUGUUGGUGCAACCGCAAUGGCUAGGCAACAUGAAGUGUGAUGUGGCGCGAAAUAUCAACCCGGAGAACAUCUUCGUGCAAAACCCUUACGCCUUCCUGCUCGCUAAGGAAAAAGAAGCAAUGAAGAGCAAUGAACUCUACACGGGAUCGCAAAUUGGUGGCAGUGUUGGUUAUUAUGGACAACAAAAUUGGGAUGAUAGCUACUCUAUAAACGGCCAAUUUGUUUCUCAGCAAGGCAGUGGCCAAGUUAGUGGCAGUCAAGGUCAAAGUUCUAGUGGCAUUUAUGGUAGCGGAGGUCAAUUUAAUAGUAACCAAGGAAGUGGUGGCCAAGUCACUGGACAGACAAAUACAAUUGUAUCAGCUGGUGGUCAGUAUGGAUCGAGUGGAGGCCAAGCUACCGGUAACCAAUAUGGUACUGGCCAAGUUUCUGGAGGCCAGUAUGGCAGUGGCCUAGGUGGUGGUACAGGUCAAGGCAGCUCAUAUUCAUACAACCGUACCUGGUCAAGCGGAUCGUCUGGUGAAGGUUUGACGGAAGCAGAACGAGAAGUUAUGAGAAAGAAUCUCCAAACAUUAGCAAGACCUAAUUACCAGGGAUCUGGAAGAGAUUUAAAUCAGGGAACUUAUAAUCAAGGACAUGUUACUUAUACUCAGGGAGGUCAAAGUGGAUAUGGCCAAGGUAGUCAAACUCAGGGUAGUUAUGGUGGCCAAGUUCAGGGUAGCUACGGUCAGGGACAAGCGCAAGGAGGUUACGCACAGGGCAACUACAACCAAGGUGGCUAUUACCAAGGAAAUGCUCAAAGCGGCCAAGGUUACGCCCAAGGACAAGGGUUUGGCAAUGCUGGUGAAUUUGGGAAAGACGGGCGUGUAGUUCGAGUUAAGAACCGUACGAUUAUCUAUGAUGAAAACCACAACAUUAUAUCCCAAACUGAAACGAGUACGGAAUAUGGGUCGUUGGGACACGAGGGUGAAGCGGGCAGCUCUUUUAACACGUACCUCAACAACCAAGGUGGUGCAAGCCAAAACUACGGUUCAAGUUCAGGUCAAGGUCAAGGCUUCGUCCACGGUUCCUGGGCAACGACUGAAACUGUGAACCCAGAUAUCAUGAAUGCUGGAUCCAGUACCUUUAGAGGCGGCCCCAGUAUCACUGUAGUGGGGGACGAGGAAGAAGACAAGCUGGAAGGAUUUGGAGCUUAUGCUGCCCAGAAUUCCAAUAAUGAAUUUAAAUACGGAAUUGCUGAUGUAACUAAUGCCAGAGGCGGAGCAGGUGCUGUUCAUGGAGGUGCUUAUCAAGGUUCCCAAAGCGGAGGUGCCCAAGGAGGUUACCAAACUGGAGUCGGACAGGGAAGUUAUAGAGGCUCGUCUGGGAGCGGCUACGGCGCUAACAGUGGAGGUUAUUCUUAUUCUUCUAGCUCAGGAGGCCAAAAUACGUACUCUCAAUCGGGUGGCAGUUACAGUUCAACGGCAGAACAACGACGAGAGAGCACUAGACGGAAACGACAAGAUCAAGAGGUGGAUCCGCAAUUAAAAGAGAUGUUGGAGAAAUGCCAAGAGAAGUACAAGUGUGAGGUGCUGCGGUGUAGGACUGGGCAGCUGGUGAAGGGACAGGAGAUCUGGCUAGCGUUGCGGUCAAGAAUCAACGCCUCAGUACUUAAUGAAAUUUCACAAGAGCGAGCAGUAAAGCUGUCCUCACUAGCAGCGGCGCGGGUGUCCCGGCUACCCAUGGUGGGGCGGCCGACGGACCGGACGUGGAAGGUGGUGGAGGCGCACACCACGGUCACGCCUCAGCUCGAAGCGCUGGAGAGCGGUACAAUCCCGCUGUGGGUCAUCAUCUUGGCUGCUGUGGUUGGCGCCUUACUGCUGCUUUUGCUCAUCUUCGCGCUCUACAAAUGCGGAUUCUUCAAGCGCAACCGCCCUUCCGACCACGCCGAGAGACAACCCCUGAACGGUCGUGACGAACAUCUUUGAUAUCCGACCACUGAUCUCGGCCUCUCUAGCGACGCGGCCGCCACCUCGGACGUCGACGCCACCUCCGAUCUCGACGCCACCUCGGACGUUGACGCCACCACUGAUGUCAACGGCACCUCGGACGUUAACGCUUCAGACUCUAGUGCUACUGAUGCAGCGAGUGAUGUGACCAGCCAGGACUCUACUAGCAUGGACCGCUAUUAAGAGUAUAUUAUCGCUAAUUUUUUAUGUAAACGUGAAUUUCGAUGUUGAUGUCAUGCCACCUAUGGUAACUUUGACGUCAAUUUUAACUCUAAUAUGUGAUCUAGUCCAAAAAUAAUUAGCGACUACUUUUAGCCAUGCUUACGAUGUGUUUAUUUUGUCGUGUUAAACUAUCAACCCUUGCGUUUAACGUCAGUUUAAAUCACGCCUAAAGUUUCUGCAAUAGAUCGAUAAUUUGACUAUGUUAAUAAGUAGAUUGCAACACCAUAGCUGAUAGCAGUAGUAACUAGAUAUACUCGUAUCUAUAUUUAAUGACUGUGGUCAUAAAACAUAGGCCAAUUUGAAAGACGUGGUGGGAGUUGGCGGCCAUUACUUUAAUAAAACUGGAGGUUGACUAAAAUUUGUUUCUUUAUUUUAUCAAAUUGAUUUACAUUUGUAACUUUAUACAUCUGAGUAAAUUUUAGUCAAUCUUCUGCUUAGGAGCGAGUGUUGUAAAAAUCACACUAAAAAUUAGUGAAACUAAUAAUUCAGAUGUAAACUUUUGACUAUGAAAAAUGAAAAACGACAGAUUUCAGUUCUGAAAUUUAUUUUACUUAGUUUUUGUACAACAGAAUUAUAUAAAAUUGUCAAUUGUAUAUACCAGAAUAAAAAGUGCCUCAUGAGAUUAAUCUCAAAAUAGAAUUUUAUAUUUGUGAAAACCUUGAAUAUUUUUGACUAAAAAUGUUUUAAGGCAUACCUAUACAAAAAUAUGUAUAAAUAUAUAUAUUUUAGAUAUUAUAACGUAUUACUAGUCACGAUAUUGAAACAUAGAAACAAACCACUUUGGUAUUACGCCAUAUUAGGGUAUAUAUGAAAAACGAAAAGUA